UGAACGAUUAUAUCACACCCGAAAUGAACUAUAAAGACGGCACGGCCUGCAAAUCGCCGCCAAUUGUCACCAUUAAAGACAUGACAGGUAUGUCUUGGAGUGGAGAGAAGGAUGACAUCAGUCUCUACGGAACCCCCAAAGAAGAAAUGCUUCCCGGAAUGUCUGAAACGAAAGUUCCCUCAUUUAUGAGAAGUCAAAUACAAGCUCUCUUUCAACCCUCGGAUAACAAACUGGCGAUGAAAUUAUUUGGCAGUAAAAAAGCACUUAUGAAUGAGAGAGAACGGCAAAAGGAAUCGGGACUAUUAAUAAUACACCCGUGCAGUACAUUUAGGUUUUAUUGGGAUUUAUGUAUGUUAUUACUACUUGUGGCGAAUCUAAUCGUACUUCCAGUGGCCAUAUCCUUCUUCAACGACGAUCUGUCCACGCGUUGGAUUGCAUUCAACUGUCUGUCGGACACAGUCUUCUUGUUAGACAUUGCGGUCAAUUUCAGAACCGGUAUAAUGAACCCGGAACUGCCCGAACAGGUGAUAUUAGACCCGAAGCAGAUCGCCAGGUGCUACAUGAGGUCGUGGUUCUUCUUGGAUCUGAUCAGUUCUAUUCCAUUGGACUAUAUAUUCCUGAUCUUUAAUCAAGACAUUAGUGACAAUUUUCAGAUAUUACACGCGGGACGCGCUCUCAGGAUAUUAAGGUUCGCCAAAAUGUUGAGUUUGUUGCGACUCUUGAGACUCUCACGACUCCUCCGAUACGUCAGUCAAUGGGAAGAAGUUUAUAUGCACAGUUUGGCCUCAAUAUCGAAACAGAAAGGAUUUAUUGGGCUCUUAACUCGCAUUCCCGGGGCUAAGAAG